AUGUGUACAGGAUACUAUUACCUAUGUGAUGCUGGAUACCCCAACGCUGAAGGAUUCUUGGCGCCGUACAGAGGGGAACGAUACCAUCUCUCCGAUUGGCGUGGAGUAGGAAACGCACCGACAACAGCAAGAGAAUUUUUCAACAUGAAACAUUCUUCAGCAAGGAACGUUAUCGAGCGAGCGUUUGGGUUGCUAAAGGGGCGGUGGGCUAUUCUUAGAGGAAAAUCAUUCUACCCAAUACAAGUCCAAUGUCGAACAAUAACUGAAUGUUGCCUUAUUCACAACUUGAUCACAAAGAAGAUGGGAAUCGUUGCAAUGUUUGACGUGCCCGAUGAGGAGAAUUCUGCAUUAGUUGGUCUUGAUGGGGAUCAUAUUGAAUUUAUUGAAUCAUCAGAGGAAUGGACCAAGUUUAGGGAUGACUUAGCAGUCGAAAUGUUUACUCAAUGGCAAAGAGCCUGA